GAACGAUCUUGCACUUUUUGGGCACACACUGUCAUCAUGGUUGCAACACUUGUAGCUGAUCCGUCAAAUAGUCUCAAUAAUGAUAUUGACGGGAUGGAUGUCGAUCAAAAUGGAGCUCCAGAUGUCGAACAAGAGGAAUCAAUCAAAGGAAUCAUCUAUCCACCACCUGAAGUGCGCAAAAUUGUUGAUAAAACAGCUGAUUUCGUAGCACGAAAAGGCCCAACCCUUGAAGAUCGAAUUCGAGAAAAUGAACGACACAACCCUCGGUUUUGCUUUUUGAAUCCCAACGAUCCUUACCAUGCUUACUACCAGUUACGAAUAACGCAAACUAAGGAAGGAAAGACAACCAAAGCUGGUGUCAAGCACGAUGAAGAGGUGAAGCCAGAGGAGGACGAGGCUCAAGAGGCACCCAAAGAGCCAUCGAAGUUUGAGUUUUCUUCCGACAUGCCAACUAUGUCUGCUCAAGACUUAGACAUCAUCAAGCACACUGCACAGUUCGUUGCGCGCAAUGGUUCACGAUUUAUGAGUCAGCUCGCUCAGAGAGAAUCCAGAAAUUAUCAAUUCGACUUUUUACGACCAUCUCACAGCUUGUUCAAUUACUUCACGAGCCUUGUCACGCAGUAUACUCAACUGCUUGUACCACCCAAAGACAUAAAGGAGCGAUUGAAGAAGAACGUCGAUAGCAAAUAUGAUGUACUUGAGCGAGUCAAGGCUAGAGUAGAGUGGAUUGCUUGGGUUGAAGCUGAGAAGAAGAAACAACAAGAUGCAGAUGAAAAGGAGAGAGCUGCCUAUGCUGCCAUUGAUUGGCAUGACUUUGUCAUUGUUGAAACUGUAGAAUUUACGCAAGACGACGAAAAAUUGAACCUUCCCCCACCGAUGAGCUUAUCAGAAUUAGAAAACAUGUCAUUAGAGCAGAAGAGGCUUGCUGCCAUAGCGGAAACAAAUCAACAAUUGGAGCAAACACAGGAAGCUAAUGACGAAAUGGAGAUUGAAGAAGUCGAUAUGCAAGAUGAUGAUGAUGAUGAAGAAAUGCCUCAGCAAGCAGCUGUACAGGACAUCAGAAUCUCAGAUACCACUGGCCCGAUUAAGAUCCGUACAGAUUACAGACCCAAAGUGGGAUCGACCACACGACAAGUCAAUGAGCAGACAGGAAUAUGUCCCAGAUGUGGACAAGCCAUUCCAAUGUCAGAAAUGGAUGAGCAUAUGCGUAUCGAACUUUUGGAUAGCAAAUGGAAGGAACAGAAGCAAGCUGCAGAAGCCAAACUUCGAGACAGUAAUUUGUUGCAAGAAGGAACUGACGUUGCUAAAAUCUUGAAGAACUUUUCUGGCUAUCGUUCCGAUAUUUUUGGUUCUGAAGAAACUGAAAUCGGAAAGAAGGUUGGAAAUGAAGAAGCCAGAGAGAAGGAGAAGGUUGUCUGGGAUGGCCAUACUGCUUCUAUCAACCUUGCAUCACAGAGAGCAGCUCAAGGCGCUACUAUUGAGGAACAAAUUGCAGCCAUUCAUCGCGCAAAGGGUCUUACUGGUGACAGCGCAAGUUCUAUAGGUCCGCAGGCAACUGCGAAGUCAGAAGUGCCACAACAGCAGAUGCCUCCUUCUGGUAUGGCUGGUGCAUCCAUUUCCAGAGAACCGCAACCACCCACGAGCAACUUCCAAUCUUCUGCAAUGCCACCUCAAGCUUACAGCCAAUAUCCGCCAUUACCACCACAAGCCGUGCCCAAUUCUCGGCUGUUCGCUAAUCAAAUUCCUGGCUAUGGCAUGCCACCUGCUGCUAUGAGCCCUAUUCCACCACCUCAACCUGGGAGCGGCUAUGAAGUAGGAGCUACCCGCAAAGCAGACGAGGAAAGUGCAGAAGCUCCUGGAGCUAAGAAACCGAGAAAUGAUGGUGUUCCAUUGGCUGAAGACGAAUGGCUAGCACAACAUCCGGAUCCUAUUGCUCUCACUGUUCAAACACCAACUCUCCCAGAAUACAAGCUUACUGGGGAAACUAUAACCAUCGAUGACCUGCCACUCACCACUUUGGUUUCUACAUUGAAAAACCGCAUCGCUGAUAAAGUGGGCAUGCCAUAUGGUAAACAGAAGCUUUCCGUUGGCGGCGUAGGAACUGUCAUGAACAAUUCCAAGAGUCUUGCAUUCUACAAUUUCCAACAAGGCAGUACCAUCGUUCUCGGGCUUAAAGACAAGGGUAAAAAAUAAAGGUACCUUGGGAAACGAUUUCAGCGGAGUUCUGAAGUAUAAUCGUACGUGGAUUCUUUGAAAGCUGCUGAGAAAGAAACAAUUGAAAAUGAAUUGGGUCUCAGUCAUUGUCACAUUCUCCAAUACUCACUAUAAUAAAAUCAUUUUUCUAUAAAUCCUUCAUAUAAGAAACUUGAAAA